AUUCGUACAAAGUUACACAACUUGUGACUCGUUCGGCGUUUUGUUUGUCUCGCUGGAGUGGAAAUUGUUUCGUGAAAAAUCACUUUUAAAGGGGGUACAUGUUGAUCCUCGUCAACUCCUGGCUACUGAGUUGGCUUCCAUCUUGGUGCCCUACUUCCCCCUCCCAGCUUAAAGAUGCAGAAGAGAAAAUGCUGAAAAGUGUAAAGCAGCCUUUUUCCAGACAGCACGUCCACAUCUCCAACGAAAACUACCUGUGGACCAUAGCCUUUUCCAACCACGGCCAUCCAUCCAUCCCGCAGCUCCAAGCCCCGUCGAGACCUCCUCUGGUUUUGCUGCACGGCUUUGGCGGCGGCGUUGCCCUCUGGGCCCAAAACCUGGACUGUCUCUCCAGCAGCGGUCCGGUUUACGCUCUGGACCUGCUGGGCUUCGGCCAAAGCAGCCGCCCUAUGUUCAGCACCGACCCCGAGGGGGCCGAGGACCAAUUUGUGGAAGCCCUGGAGGAGUGGAGGGAGAAGCUGGGCCUGGAGGAAAUGGUGCUGCUGGGACACAACCUUGGAGGAUAUUUGUCUGCUGCCUACACACUCAGACACCCCCAAAGGGUAAAACAUCUGCUCCUGGUGGAGCCGUGGGGGUUCCCUGCCCGCCCUGACAACCCCCACCAUAACUCCAUCCCAGUGUGGAUCCGAGCCAUGGGGGCUGUGAUGAGCCCCUUCAACCCACUGGCUGGCCUCAGACUGGCUGGGCCUUUAGGUCCGACGCUGGUACAAACCAUCCGCUCCGACUUCAAACAGAAAUACUCCUCAGUGUUUGACGACAACACAGUGUCAAACUACAUCUACCACCUGAACGCUCAGACUCCCAGCGGCGAGACAGCGUUCAAGAACAUGACGGUUCCUUACGGCUGGGCCAAGAGACCCAUGUUGGAGCGUGUGGGCCAGGUGCAGGCCCACAUCCCUAUUUCCUUCAUCUACGGAUCACGCUCCAGUCUGGACAGCGCUUCUGGCUACGCCUUCAAGAAGAGCAGGCCGCAAGUGGGAAUCACCGUGAUUCGAGGAGCAGGUCAUUACGUUUUCGCUGACCAGCCUGAAGACUUCAACCAAAGCGUCCUCCGCAUCCUCGCCAGGACCGACACAAAAAGCCCGAGAGACUCUCGUCUGAAGCCCUGAGCAGUUUUAGUUUUAAUUACUUGAGUUGUUUUAACUAACGCACACAAACUAAAACCACAAC